UCUCUCUCUCUCUCUCGGUCUGAUUCUCGCAGAGAUAGAGAGAGAAAGAAGAGAGAGAGAGAGAGAGAGAGGUAGAGAGGUUCAGCUUGCCACGGGAACCGGCUUCUCUCGAGAGAGCUUCCGCGAGCAGCGCUUCCCCCUUCCUCUAUCCAUCCACAAGGAGCGGCGCUGCCCCCCCUCGAUCCGCUCACUGUUCUAUCGGUUCGGGUCGGUCGCGGGUCGGUGUCCGGAGGAAUUUGCCGCCGCGGCGGCGCCGCGAAUGAUUUGCCCGCCGGGGGACGGCGAACUUCUUGCGGCUCUCCGACGACCCUUCUCCCCUCUUCGCCCCUUCUCCCAGAUUCCCAUCAGUAGUCUCUCCAGUCUCGACAAUCACAAAAAAUUCGUUUAAAGGGAUCUUGUUAGAUUUUGCCAUGGAGGGUAAUCAGUUGGAUAUUGACUGGGAAGAUGUGGUUUGUCCUAUAUGUUUGGAUUGUCCUCACAAUGGUGUUCUUCUCCGGUGCUCGUCUUAUGACAAAGGUUGUCGUCCCUUUGUAUGCGACACAGAUCACUUGCACUCCAACUGUUUGGAACGGUUUAGAAGUGCAUAUGGUGUGAGAUCUUCUUCAUCUCCCGAAACUUCGUCCACAUCAAAAACAGAGCCUGUGGAGUUGGAUAAUGGCUGUAGGCCGACCUGCCCAUUGUGUAGAGGAGAAGUUACCGGAUGGGUUGUUAUUGAUGAAGCUCGUGUUAUCCUAAACGAUAAGAAGCGUUGUUGUGAUGAGUUCCGAUGUCUGUUUAGUGGAACCUACUCUGAGUUGCGGAAGCAUGCUCAAGUAGAGCAUCCUCAUGCUCGGCCCUCAAAGAUUGAUCCUGCUCGGCAGCUUGAUUGGGAGAAUUUCCAGCAAUCGUCAGAGAUCAUAGAUGUCUUGAGCACUAUCCAUUCAGAAGUUCCCCGAGGUGUAGUCUUGGGUGAUUAUGUUAUUGAUUAUGGGGACAAUGAUACUGGGGAUGAGUUUGAGGACUUCCCAGGUGAUGAAGGCAAUUGGUGGACAUCAUGUAUAUUAUAUCAGGUAUUUGAUAACUUUAGGAGUUCUAGGAACAGAAGAAGGUCAAGAGUUGGUGAUACAAGAAGAGGAACUCGACAUUCUACAUAUGAUACAUCAAAUUCUGAUGAGGGUUCUGUUACCUCUUUGGAGUAUGCAGAUUACCGACCAGAUGAUAUAGAUGAUGAGUUUGUUGUUGCAAGGGGUUCCUCAAGGGCUAGCUCUAGGCAUCGCAGCUCCCGGAGGCGGCGUUCUCGCUUCUAUGAUAACUAGCUCAUGGGGCCUGAGGGUAAUGGACGUGGAGGUACAGACGAACGCCGAUGACGAAAUUGUGGGAAUCUCCAACAAAACACAUCGAUUGGCUUUUCCUAGUCGAAUGAUGUUCUGACCUGUUCAUUCUGUGGUUUACUGAUGACUGAUUUUGAUAUAUAAAAAUUCUCAGGAUGUCCCCUUUUCACAUUGUUGGUUGCUUUGUAUCGCUGUAUGUAUGGAACUUUGAAGAAGUGGAUCACUUCAUAGACAAGGUACACUUGUGGCAAGAAAGCUAUACCUGCAGUAUCAUGCAUGGAAUGUCCAUUAUUUGAAGUAGAAAGCCACUGAACUGUGGAGCUUUCACCUUGUUCUGGGAUUUUGGGAUAUGCUCUCAUUCAUUGUACAUGGCGAUUGUUAUAUCAACUUUUUAUUUGUCUUUAGAAAAGGGUGCAUAUGGGGGUUGGUGUGAACUUGUUGUGGGUUCACUUUUUAGAUUGUUUGACCUUCACCAUGAAGGGCAUCAAAAGUCAGAAACCAUUUCAAGGAUGGAAAACGAGAGAUGUUUUUAAAGAGCCGGAAUUUGACCGGUGGAAUAGAGGAACUUGGAUUUGUAUA